AUGUCUGACCCAGUUGUCUUGCAGUCGGCAGUGCGAGUGCCCACGCCGCCCCCCGGCGCUUCCUACUCCCCUCAACCGUCCGGGUCACGCAAGCGAUCGCCUCCCUCUCGCUCACCUUCCCCGAACCGGCGACCUUCACCUCCUGGUGACUCACAAGGAGCUGAUGGCGAUGUGCCGCAUAUCGAUUCGGAACGUGCGAUUGAGCGCGAGCGCCAGCUAGCGGAGCGGCUCCGCCAACAUGAGCAACAGGAAGCUGCUCGAAAACCGAUGACGGAGGAGGAAAAGCAGGCCGCCGCUAAAGCAGAAUACGAAAAGCUUCUGAACAUGCGGUCGGGCGGUACUUAUAUCCCCCCUGCGCGACUUCGUGCCCUACAGGCACAAAUUACAGAUAAGACCAGCAAGGAGUACCAGCGGAUGGCGUGGGAGGCAUUAAAGAAGUCGAUCAACGGUUUGAUCAACAAGGUCAACGUUUCCAAUAUCAAAUUCAUCGUACCAGAGCUAUUUGGUGAGAACCUGGUACGAGGACGGGGUCUGUUUUGCAGAAGCAUCAUGAAAGCUCAGGCAGCCAGUUUGCCAUUCACACCAAUCUAUGCAGCAAUGGCGGCAAUUGUCAACACCAAGCUACCACAGGUAGGAGAGCUGCUACUGAGCCGCUUGAUUAUUCAGUUUCGGAAGGCUUUCAAGAGGAACGAUAAGGCAGUGUGCAUAUCAUCCACGACAUUUAUCGCUCAUUUGUGUAAUCAGCAAGUCGUGCACGAAAUGCUCGCCGCGCAAAUACUGCUCCUCUUGCUUCACAAACCCACCGACGACAGUGUUGAGAUUGCAGUUGGACUGACGCGAGAAGUCGGUCAGCAUUUGGAAGAAAUGAGCGGCCCUAUUGCCUUGGCAGUGUUUGACCAGUUCCGAAACAUCCUGCACGAAGCCGACAUUGACAAGCGUGUACAAUAUAUGAUUGAGGUGCUAUUUCAAGUACGCAAAGACCGAUAUAAAGAUAAUCCGGCUGUCAAGGAGGAGCUUGACCUGGUGGAAGAGGAAGAUCAAAUUACACACCGAAUCGGGCUGGAUGACGAAAUCGAGACACAGGACAGCUUAAACAUUUUCAAGUUUGAUGCGCAAUGGGAGGAACAUGAGGAGGCGUAUAAGAAACUCAAGGCAGAGAUUCUAGGCGAGGGAAGCGAUGAUGAGGACGAGAGUGACGGGGGCGACGAGAGUUCGGACGAGGAAUCCGAAGAAGAGCGGCAAAUGGACAUCAAGGACCAGAGCAAUACCGACCUUGUGAACCUGCGUCGAACCAUUUAUCUGACGAUCAUGUCCAGUAUCGACUUUGAAGAAUGUUGUCACAAGCUGAUGAAGAUCUCGCUGCCAGCUGGACUGGAGCCCGAGCUUCCAUCGAUGAUCAUUGAAUGUUGUUCCCAGGAGCGUACGUUCUCGAAGUUUUAUGGUCUCAUUGGUGAGCGGUUCGCAAAGAUAAACAGACUGUGGUCGGAUCUCUUUGAGAAUUCGUUCGCCAAGUAUUACGAUACUAUUCAUCGAUAUGAAACCAACAAGCUGCGCAACAUUGCUCGUUUCUUUGGGCACAUGCUAGGCAACGACGCAAUUGGCUGGCAUGUUCUAUCCAUCAUCCAUCUUAACGAAGAAGAAACGACGUCAAGCAGCCGUAUCUUUAUCAAGAUCCUCUUCCAGGACCUCGCAGAGCAUCUUGGUAUUCCCAAGCUACGCGAACGCAUGACAGACGAGAUUUUGCGUCCCAGCUUCGACGGGCUGUUCCCACUAGACAACCCUCGCAACACCCGCUUCUCCAUCAACUACUUCACCAGUAUCGGUUUUGGUGCACUGACGGAAGAGAUGCGGGAGCACCUGAAGAACAUGCCCAAGCCCGCGCCCCCUGCCUUACCUCCAGCUCGCGACUUGGACUCGGAGUCUGUCAGCUCCCGUUCGUCUUUUUCGUCACGCUCCCGCUCUUAUUCCCGCUCUCGCUCCCGUUCAUACUCGCGCUCGCCAUCGCCGCAACGUGACCGCCGACGUUCGAUCAGCCGGGGCAGGUCCUACUCGCGAUCCCUGUCCGGUUCCCGCCGCAGCUACACCCCAAGCUCCUACACCGCAUCUCAAUCCAGAUCACCAGCUCCACGGAGUCGUCGUCGACGCUCCGUUUCUUACAGCCGCUCGCCAUCCCGCAGUCCUCCUCGUCGAGGUGGCCGUGGACGAGCCGACUCCCGCUCUCCGCGCCGGAGCCCAAGCCGCAGUCUUUCUCGAUCUGUUAGCCCUCCCCGACGAAUCGGCAGAGCCCGCAGCUACUCCCGAUCGCCAUCGCGUUCCGUCUCCCCUCCGCCCCGCCGCACGGCCAGACGUUACUCAUCAGAGUCUCUCUCACCACCUCGGCAACGUACCGAGAGAAGCAUAUCCCGCUCCCGUUCGCCUCGCCGCCCGCCUACUACCCGUCGUGGCCGGGAUCACUCAGUCUCUCGAUCGCGCAGCCCGCCACGCUACGCAAGGAACCAGCGGCGACGGAACUCCAGUUCAAUAUCUCGUUCGCCGUCCCCACCGACGAGACGGAGGGCUCCAUCUUCUACACCACCGCCCCGUCGUUGA